AUGGAGGAAACCGGACCAUAUAGAAUAAAACAGGAGCACCUGGAGGAAACCGGAGCAUCUGGAGGAAACUGGAGCACCUGGAAUAAAACCUUGAACCCACAGACCUCUGCAGUCCUGCCAUGUGUUGCUCCGUGCUCCUCUCUCAUUGGCCCCGUGAUGGAGGAGGCAGACGGAGGCAGACGGAGCAGACGGAGCUCCGGACAGCAGCCUCCUCCUCAGUCCGAUCAGGCUGUCAACUGCAGCAACAUCCCGCCCUGA